AUGGCAAAAGAUUUUUUCAAAAAUCGUCGAAAACGCGUGAUUUCGAGGAUGCUUGAAAAAGAAAGCAGCGAGUUGAAACCGCUUGCCGAGAUGGAAGGCCAAGAACGCUCCGAAUUCGUCAUGAUCCUGCCAAGUGCGAGCGACAAGCUCAUGUCGACUGGAACUUAUUAUCCUUUUGUGCAGGACUCGAAUUUCCACUAUUUAACAGGCUUUGUCGAGGCCGACGCGAUUCUGCUCGUCUCCACGGUGAAAGGACUGCCCUUCCCGCAGCACAAGGCCACGUUGUACGUUUCUGAGAGGGAUGAGCUCAUGGCAAACGAAAUGGUCACGGGUUUCCGAGCGGGAACCGAGCUGGCUAAGAAGCUCACUGGCGUCGACGAGACAAAAGACAUCGAGACUUUCGCCGAAGACAUGAAACAAUUUGCAAAGUCGAACUUCAAAAUAUGGGGAGACGUUCAGCCCGGGCGAAUCGGAAACAUGUCACUCCACUCACGCCACAUUCACGAUGGAAUAAUCACCGCCGUGCAAAACGAGGCAGAAAUUUUCCCCUUGUCUCCGCUAAUUCAGCAGAUUCGCGCGGAUAAAACACCUGAGGAAGUGGAUAUUAUUGGCAAGGCGGCGGGCAUUUCUGCGGAAGGGCUGCUGGACGUUAUGAUUGCGUCUCGUCAACACCGCUGCGAGAAUUACCUGAGUUCGCUGUUCGAGUUCGGCUGCCGCAGCAGAGGCGCAGAGAAGGUGUUCUCCACUUCGACGGUGGUGGCUGGCGGCGAGCGCGCAAUAAUGCCUCAUUACGACCAGAAUUUCGGCCAGGUCGAGGACGGCGCCUUGGUAAUCGCUUCCGCCAGUCCGCGAGUUAGCGGCUACACAGCCAGAAUCUCCCGCACGUGGCCAAAUCACAAGAAGAUCAAGGUUUCGCUGGAUCAGCUGUGGACCUACAUGAUCGUCACUUUUUCGCAGCGCCUUUUCGACCUCGGUUUCUUCAAAAACCAGAAACUGUCGCGGGAGCAGACCUUCGGCGUAAUUGCCCGAUCGCUGUCGAAACAAUUCAUCGGGCACCACAUCGGCCUCGAUCUUCAAGACCAGAUUCUUGAAAACACAAGGGACCGACUCCGCGCCGGACACGUACUAAACAUCAUGCCCGGACUGCACAUCCCCGCCGACCCCAUUUUCCCGGAAAAGUACCACAACAUCGGAGUGAGGAUAGAAGAUACAGUCGCCCUGACGAAAGAUGGCGCCAAAGUGCUGACAGACUUGGUUCCUCGAGAAAUUCACGAAAUCGAGGGUGUUUUAGGACUCGAAAUUUAA